AUGGUGAUACUGCUGGCGUUUCGGUUACGAAAUGUGGAUAUUCGUGCGUACAAGUGGGUGAUCGCAGCACAAGCAGCUGGGGCGUUAGCUGAUGCAGUCACGGAAUAUCUAAUCAAGGCUCGAUAUAUCCGUAUAGGCAAUGAGAAGCAAAUGGCUAUCACUGGUAUAGCUGCUUCACUACCGCCAAAUGGAGCGAUUGCAAUGACAGCAUUGAACGAGGAUAUACAAGUGUUGUUGACUGUCUUAUUCCCGAUUGGUUUUAUAGACUACAAGACUAUAGCGAGAUUGGUAAUGUUCGCUGUGCCAACGGCAGUGUCGUAUUCAGUUGCCGGAUUUUGUGGUGUUUCAACGUUGAUAAGAAUAUCCGUCGCGUGUACAAACGAGACAACAAGAAAAAUGCAGAAACGAUUCACAUUACUUAUAUCAAUGCAGGCACUCUUACCGCUCGUCUUUCACACAUUGCCCACGUUGAUUGGACAUGUCGGAUUGUAUAAUGAAAUGAACCAAUUGGACUUACUUUAUGUUUAUGUUGCACUCAACCCAUGGAAGAACUGCAUACAUCCGAUUCUGUGCUUCAUCUUCAUUCGACCGUUCGUUGAGGCGCUCGUCCAGUUGCUUCCUCGUAGGCAUCAAAGAGUUCAUCAGGUCUCUAUGGAGCCGAUCAAAAUGCCUUCUUUGCUGCCCGCAAUAACUCCGACUAAUCGUUCAAGUAACGACUGUCCAAACACGGAUAUGAGCCCAGCACUGUUAAAGUUCCUUGACUACAAUGGCACAUUGUCAUGUGCUAUAGCAGUCGUUGCGAAUUCACUGAUAAUUUUUCUAACGUUCAAAAUUCGUAACGCUGAUAUACGCUCAUACAGAUGGAUUUUCGCCACUUUGUCACUGGUGGAACUAUGUAAUGCCAUCAUUAAAUAUGUCGUUAAAGCUCGAUAUUACUGCAUAAAUAACCAGGAACACGUGGUUGCAACAGGUCCAGCGGUUUUCUUGCCACCCAAUGGUGUCAUUGCCAUUGUGACGUUGUGGAAGGAUUUGCAAUUGCUGUCAAUAAUCGGUUUUCCGAUCGCUUUCGUUAAUCAAUAUCGAAAAAUCUGUUGGUCAUCGAAAAAAGACACAAUGUUUCGGAUCAGUAUAUCUAUGGUUAGUAUCAUAUGUAUGACGGAAGCAUUGAAUAGCUUCAUUGCGGUUUCAUCUAUUCAGAAAGCUGCAUUAACACCUGACAUCGGCUAUAUUAUUUACAUGAAAACGACAAAGGGGAACAUUCGCGCGACUAUUCUACUCGUAGUGUUCGUGCUAUCAAAUAUUGUUGCAUAUUCGAUCGCCACAUUUUGUGCUAUUUCGGUAUCGAAAGCAGUCUCAGAGAUGAAUGGAUCAAGAGAAACGCAAAAGUUGCAAAAACGUUUCACGUUACUCGUAUCGAUGCAGGUUCUGAAAUUGAAAUGA